AUGGAACAGUCAUGUGCAUGAAGUCUUAUUGUAAGGUAGAUUCAAUCACCUCUCUCUUACCUGUGUCUUGGUGACGUCAAAUCUGAUUGGGCCAGCUAAUCUAUAAAAACACAGGUUACGUCCUCAAAUGUCCUGUUUGAGCGUGGAAGUUAAUAAAGCAACUUCAACUGAGCAAAGGUGAACCCGACUCUGGUUUAGAAAAAGUCAGAGGACGCAAUGCCUGGAAAAACAGCGCUGAUUGUAUUUGCUCACCAAGAGCGGAGAUCUUUUAACUAUGCCAUGAUGGAAGCAGCUCAGGCAGCUCUUAAGAAGAAUGGUUGGACGGUUCUCGUGUCUGAUCUUUACGAGAUGAAGUUUAAUGCUAUCCUGUCACGUGAUGAUAUCCUAGGUAAUCCCAAGGAUCCGAGUAACUUCAGCUAUGAAGUAGAGGCUGAGGCAGCGUGGAAGGAAGGGCGUCUCUCCAAAGACAUUGUGGAGGAGCAGAAGAAAGUGGAGAAGGCCGACCUUGUAAUCUUUCAGUUUCCCUUGUACUGGUUCGGGAUGCCCGCCAUAAUGAAAGGAUGGGCGGAACGAGUCUUCUGUAUGGGGUUUGCGUUCAACUUACCAACAAUGUACUCUGAAGGACCGUUCAAGAAUAAGAAAGCCCUAUUAUCCUUCUCCUCCGGUUGCCCCGGGUCGAUGACUACACCCAGGGGCAUUAAUGGAGACAUCAAUGUUAUUCUGUGGCCUAUACAGAGUGGCAUUCUGCAUUGCUGUGGAUUCCAAGUCCUGGAGCCUCAGAUCUCAGACAAUGUGUUACACAUAUCUCAGGAAGCUCGGGUUGGGAUACUGAAGAGCUGGGAGAAGCGACUGGAGACCAUCUGGGACGAAAAGUCCAUCAGAUUCAUUCCCUAUCAGGACUUUGAGGGUAUGUCUGGUGGAUUUCUGCUGAAGAAGCAGGUGGAGGAGGCCAGAUCUGAUGAUAGGUAUGGCCCAACGGUGGGGCAACACCUGGGCAAACCUCUACCACCCGAUAGCCAGGUGAAGGCUGAAGUCUCCAGCUUAUAAGAGACGGCUUGGCAAAGUGUUUUACGUGAGACGCUGUGUCCUUUCAGUCUACGCGUCACUGGCUGCACUAGGAUCUUGCCACUACGAUGCGGUAAUACAGAGAUGUGUCGUCACAGGAUCAUUUUACACAACGAGGUACCAGGCGGACAUUUUGGACAUCAAGUUCCUCUGCUCAUUCCCUCAUAAUGUUUAUGCUAUUGUAAUAGCCUGUAAAGCAUUUUACUCUUAUAUGACAUUAAAAUUUGUGUAAGUUUCAUUGGGUGGUGUGCAUUCGGUCUCUCGGCUAAACUCUAGCACAGCCAACAUCUAUCUUCUCCAUAAACAUGCACUCAGGAGAGUGGGACUAGCAUCUCCAGAUACAUAUGGGACUGCAGGGAAUGAAGGACUAAAUGUACUGAAAAUUAGAGUGCAUGCUCUUCAUUACCCGAUUAUUUGGGCAGGUCCAAUAUGCACUAAGGCUAUGCAUACAUACAUAUUUU